UCCGCGAUGUUUUGAAUCAAAAAUAGGAACAUUUACAAGAAAAAAGAGGCCAAGCUGAUUUUAUCUAAAUCAACUGCCAGUUAGACGCCGCGCAGUGCCAUCCUCCCUAACCUAUCAGUGUGGGAAGUAAGCGUGCCACCUAUGAAGUCAGCAGUCCCCAACCCCCACCCUGAACACAUGUUCAACAUCCUCUGGGCACAGGCUGAGCGGAGCACUGAGACACAGCUGAGAAUUAGAGAGGGAGAGAGAGAGAGAGAGAGCAGUGAAGUGGAAAUAUGGGUGAGCGUCAGAGAAAGACAGAAAUAGAGCGAUAAAGCAGUGAAUUAGGCAGUCAGAGAGGAGAGGAGGAGGAGGAGUAGACGGUCUUUCAGUGAGGCGGCGAUGCUUCGUGCAGACGGGGUUGUGUUCUCGUAGCAGAAAGCUCUCGUCGUGUGUGUGUGUAUGUGUGUGUGUGUGUGUGUGUGUGGAUGUGAGAACCUCAUGGAUUUGCUCCAAUCUGAGUCUCAGAGGAAUUCAUUGCAUCUGGAUCCAAAACAGCUGCAGACAGAGGAUGCGACUGUGGCUGGAUGCUAGGAUCCAUGUGGGCCUGUGACGUCUGCGCUGCUCCCCUCUGUGGGCUACCUUCUUCUUCCCCAUAAGGAUGGCUCCAGCGGCACUGACCCAGAUUGUGGAGUCGUGGCUCUUCGCUGCGGGCUGCUCCUUGGUUGGUCUGUGAAUGUGAUGCGGACAAGACAUGCUCUACACCUCGGCAGAGACCACUCAGCCCGCUGCCUCUGCUGACAUCUGUCUCCGUGGAUACACACAGCAACCGGCAGGCUACGCCACAGAGACCGAUCCAUAAGAAUAAUCCCCAGCUGGAUAACAAACAACAUCUGGGCGUGGAGAGAAGGGAGAGGGUGAAGUCUCAGCAGGGCGGGUGGCAGAUGGUGACACUGCAGCAGCACUUCUCCAGCAUGGAGGAGACGGUGCGAACACUACUACAGAACCAGGACACACUGGAGGGCCCCAAGGUGGACCCACUGGACCUCAUGAAAGCAUACAAGGACAAACUCCUGGAGGAAAUGUGGAAGCAGCAGGACAGUCUAGAGGGUCCCACAGCCACAGCAGCGGAAAUGCCCAUCUCGCCUGAGGCUGGCGGUGGAUCGGAGGAAAAUUCAAAGGACAGCAAUCCCCUGCUAGAGCGACUCAGAGCCCUGGAGGCGGAAAAUUCUGCUCUGUCGAUGGAAAACGACAAUCAGAGGAAGCAGUAUGAACGCUGUCUGGAUGAGGUUGCUAACCAGGUGGUCCAGGCCCUCCUCACACAGAAGGACUUGAAAGAGGAGUGUGUGAAGCUGCGGACCCGUGUGUUUGACUUGGAGCAGCAAAACCGCAUACUGAGUGUGCUGUUCCAACAACGUGUCAAAAUGUCUGCGAUUCCUGUCUCCCAGGAGGUCCAAAGAAAUGGAAAAGCUGGUAUUCCUGCAGGAAGGUGGCCCAGCCUGCUGAGCCUAACAUGCCCACGCAGCAGUGGUAGUGGCAGUGGCAGUGAACUGUCACUAUCCAGUGCUUGCAGUGAGUACUCCAGUGGCUCCCACACUUGGGCAGAAGGACGUGGCCUCUCCAAGCAGUGUGCCACAAGCCGGGACAAAAGGAUGAGUGCAGGUUCAGUAUCCAGCAAUCAUUCAGCAUCCAUCGAGCAGACAGACCUGGGAUGGAAGGAAGGCCACAUUCUGAAAGGCCUGAAGCGUCUCCAAAUGUGCAGCUCCAAAGAGGCGUCCUCACAUGCAUCUGUACCACACUGCAAGGACUGUAUGACCUCAAAUGAGGGCAUAUACUCGCUUGGUGUAAUGUGUGGCCUACAAGGGGCUAUGGCCAAACAACCAGCCCCUCCAAGUAAACCUUUCAAGGCUGAAAAAGGGAUUGCUGCCCUAGACUCUGAUGAUGCAGAUGAUGAGUCACCUAAAUUGCAAAGUAGGGAAUCCAGUGACCAACCAAUAAAAGAGCAUUUGUGCUUGGAGAGAAUGGAUGUCACUCGGGAUAAUGAUGGUAAUUUUCUUGAAGAUCCAGUAAAACUUGCUGGGAAUACUGGUCUUUUCCCCUCACCUGUGACAGACAACUUCUUAUUUUUGGAGGGCCCGACAGUAAAACCUGGUUUAAGCCCAACAGAUAGCCUUACACGUCGACAGGAAAAGAAUAAGGACUCACCAGAAAAACAAAAAGCAACAGGCACAAAAUUCAGUGAUAGAAACAAUAACCAAGAAAGGUCUACUGACCGUAAAUCCAGACUUGAUCAUGUCAAAAGACAACAAGGCAGGCUCACGAUCAAGCAAAUGGAAGCAGGGACAAGUGAUGUGAGUUCAUCUAUUCCACAUACAGCAACAAGAGCUCUUAGCUGUGUGAAUGAAGCCAGACAGCGCAGCUCCUCAGCGGAGGUCCCUCAUUGCAGAGAUCAGGCGAGUCAAGCUGGUGGUGAAAGCCAGCGCUACACAAUCUCAGAAUCUCCGCAAAGGAAACUGAAACCUCAGCCAUUUGACUCAGCGAGGAAGGCUUUUAUUUUGCGGAGCAAGAGUGCGGAUGGAGGACCAGACCAAGCUAAGCAUACACAUUCUCCUCUCCACCAAAAGCUUAUUAAGGGUCACAGGUCCAAAGGACAGCCAAACCCUAAUGGGCACAGUGUUCCAAACAAAAGGACAAAUCUCAGUAAAUCACAUGGUCCAAGCAAAGGAGCUUUAUCUAAAGCUGAAAAAGAUGUGGAUAUUGUGGUAUCAACAACUUCCAAGUCUCUCGAGAGUGUGCAACAGCGCUCUCCCCUCGCUUCCCCUGUGAAAUAUUCAAAGACAUUUAAGCCUCCAGGGGUAAAUGAUUGCUCCAAGAGCCCAACAAAAUCGUCUUUGCAAAUCACAAGACCUCAGUCAAGCAGCGACUCACUGGAAGAGAGUAUAUAUGACAACUUACCCUGCUCACCACGAAAACAACGACGCCAAGACCAGCACUGUGAUGUUUCCCAUUCAGAACCUAGGUCCCCACCACCCCCACCACCCCCAGGUCGAACUACUUCUCUUCUUCUGAGACCCAGUUGCGACUCCUUAUCUGAAGCUCAUAAAUCUCCAGGUCAGGCACAAAGCUCUACUACUGGGAAGACAACAUCGAACACCACCAAGUCGCAAACACAAGAGCUUUCUUCGACCUUACAGCCUCAACAAUCCAGUACAACUAAAGACAAUCAACCUACAGCCCCACAAAUGGGUGCUGAAGGGAAACCACUGAAAGAUAUCCCUGGUAAGCUCUACCAUACCCAUUCAUCCAAGAUAACACCUGUCUCAGUUCAAGAAUCUCAAGCUUCCGAUUCAAGCCAGUUAUCUGUGGACAGAACUGCCACAUGCCAUGUUGAAAAUGGUGCUCCCUCGAUACUGCCGAGUCAGAGCAUCCUACGAAGAUCCCAACAGAGCAUUAGUGAGCCAAAACUUUCAGAAGUCUUGCCUCAGGCAUAUUCUAAUGUUUACUACCAUGGGAUUUCCAAUAAUUCUCAGAGUUCCACUUCAAGAGCUUUCAAAAUGGCUCUUCCUGUGAAUGCUAAAUCUAAUGAGGCAAUCACUGGACAGGAAACCAGUACCUUCCUCAUUUUUGGAAGACAGAACAAAGAUGAUACAAACUCUACUCCAAAAACUGUCCAGACUUUUCAGACUUUUACGUGUGAUCCCCAGGUGACACAUGAAGGUGGUGCUCACGACAAAGCCCGUAGAAAGAUUGAGACCCGCUGUAACUCGCUGGAUUCUGAGCCCUCAGUUCAACCUGUUGCAUCAGACAGUGGUGUGAUGUUAGAUUGGGGAUUUGAUGAGGAAGGCUGGCUGUUUAAAAGGUCGGUGUCAGUGUCAACUAGACCUCUCCUUAAACCAGUGAUGGGCAUGAAUGGGGCCAAGGCUCGUAGCCAGAGUUUUGGUGCACGUUACAUGGAUAGGCCAAGCUUCAACAGGUCUGGAAAGGUCCGCACUCAGAUCAAAACACACUCCGGGAGCUCCUUGAACUCUCUUGGUGAUGUCCUUCCAGGAAGUAUGAGUUGCUCCAGCAGCUACCAUUGUCCAAUGAAUCGAUCCCUUUUGAACAACUUUUUGAUUGAGGAGGGCCUGACAGUUCCCUCACAUUUGGGGUCCUCCAGUGAAAGGCUUCAAAGUCUUAAACUCCAGCGAGAGCAGGCUAGGCGCCUUCAGAUUGAGCAACAGUUUUCAAGCGCCUUUGGUGAGCCAGUUUCUGAAGAACCAGAGAGACAAAGUACUAUAACCACAAUUGAAGAGAAAGUUAUGCUUGGCAUAGAGGAGAACUUGCACAAGUCUCAAGAACAGGAGAGAACCAGUGAAGUAAAACAAAAAUCUGGUUCAACCUUGGCAAACUGGUUUGGUUUUCGUAAGAGUAAGCUUCCUGCUCCAAAUAGCAAGAAAACUGAUCCGCCAAAAGUAAAAGAAGACAAGAGGGAGCAGAAGAUUACAUCACUUUUGGGAGGAAAGCAGACAAAGUCUGACAAAAAGAAAGACAGAAGAAAAAGUGAUGGAAAAGACUGCUCUGUGGGGAGAAGAGAGUCUCAUGAUGCAGUGCGGGCAUGCAUAUCAAUGCCCUGCCCAGGAAUGUCCCUGAAUGAGAUACAAGGGCAUACUGACAUCAGUGGGGACCCAAAGAUGAUGAGCCGGAGAGCUGAUGGUGAAAAUGGAUCCACUGUGAAGAACCCCAACCAGGAUGGAGUAAUAGGCUCCGGCUGCAAGAUGCGAACGUUGGACAGUGGAAUCGGGACCAUCCCCCUUCCUGAAUCCUGUUCCUUCUUCUCCUCCAUCCUGCACCUCCUCCCCAAAUCCUCAUCAACCCCAGAACAGUCCCUCAGUCCUCCCAGUGUCCCCGGUUCCUCCAGUGAGGACGUGUCUCCUUCCCCGUUACCCCGGUGGCGGAUACCCUCCGGCUUUAAGGACAGCAGCCACGUAGGGGUGACAAACUCCCUGUCCGACUCCUCCAUGACCCAUAUCCAGUCAGUGCCUUUCCCCACUGUGGCCUUCCUCCAGCCCAUCCAACCCCAGUCUCAACCCAUUGUGACCUCUGCCAGUGUGUGUGAUACCCAGAGCAGGCUACCCAGACCACCGCAAGGUGGAAUGGAACCAAAGAAGUUAACCUAUAUCAAAUCGAAAACACGAGCCACCCCGAGCCAACAGAAAGAACAGACGAGACUUCAGCUCGCCAACUAGUUUCUGAAGCUGAGUGACUCAACCUGAAGCGAGGAAUCGAGCAAUCAGUUGGAUUUAUCUCUCUAACUCACAUGGACGAUCCCUAAAUCCCCCAGUCUGGAGACUGUGUCUGUGACUGAGGAUGAAACGCUCAGAACUGGACAGCAAGUGAGCUUGGCAUUGUAGGCUUCCACCUGUGCUCGGUGCAGUGUUGAGAUACUCAGUAGCCUCUCAGAUGUUGUAAUGAACCCUCUGGCAGCCAUUUUGGAGGUCUGCAGCUCAUUGGCAUCAGCUGUGAGCCCCUGAUAUUCACUGUACAACUCUGCCCAUAGACAUGGUUAACUUCUCUGCUGUUUUCUUUUCCUUUCAGAACAAACUAUUUCACAAAACCUUGUCUUCUAAUAGCAGGUUAGCUCGUGUAACACUAUCACAGCUACUGGUUAUCAUCACCAUCUUGUAAACACAUCUGAGCUCCUGUUUCAACUGGAACACCCGCUGGAAAGUCGUCGGAACGCCACCUCAAAAUCCAACAUGGCUGCUCUGAGCAUCAACAGAAGUGAAAGCUGUAGUAAUAUACUGCUCAUUAGCAGUUCUGUGUUAUUUGAGUAAAUCAAUUGGCCAUGUUGCCAUGGUGUUUGUACACUCAAAAUAUCACGUAAUGCCUUGUUAUUAACUGGUAUUGCUAACAACAACAACAACAACAACAACAACAACAAGCUUCUGACUUGUCGUACUGGAACGCAGUCAACUCAGGUCCGACCUGUGAGCUAACGCAGCAUUACCGUGCUGAUUGUACCACCACAACGAUGAGCCAGAAGAACCUCUUUGAUUUCAGCACUACAAGUGACCACUUCCACAUAAUAGCAUCACUUGACUCAUCUUAUUGAUUAAUUUAUGAUUAAUGCAGGGUUAAACAUUGAAAUAACUUUUCACAAGCACAACCAGUUCGCUACCAGACCUCCAUGAUGGCACCAGCUGUGGUCACUACUGGAGAUUAGUGACGCAAAUGCGAGACCUCCACUACAAUCUUGCAGAACAAAGAUUAUGUAGCUCGUUCAUUUACAUUUUCAGGCCGUGUGCAAACAUUUUAAUAAAUGUUUAUUUGGAGAUCUAAUUCUGCUUUAGAUCUAAUAUAAUAAUUAUGUCGCUAAUAUAUUUUUGAGUGAAGCAACAGAUGGAACCUUAUAAUCUCAAGAUUACAAACUCCUGAAAAUAAUACCUUAUGUACAGCACUUACUACUGAUUGCCAUUCAUGAGCUCUAUACCUGACUGAUUAAUGUGACUCUUUAAAGUGUGCACUAACUUUUUUUUAUUGUCACGGUGUUAAUAUCAACUUGCAUGCACCCCCCCUGGAAAUGCAUCAUAUGAAUCUGAUAUCCGUCAUCAAGUCCAUCAGAGUUUCUUCCCAAGAGGUGGAAAAUACUGAAAUGUGAAACUGUUGAGUAUUUAUGAAAUAUCACACAUAAUCUGCCACUGCUUUGUCAGCAUAGUGAGACUCAAUUUCACAACUGCAGUUAUUUUAAACAGUUUUAAAAUAGUGAACAUCUCUUGAAAUGAAACUCUUCAUAUGUGAAUUGCAUCUCCUUCUUCUUCCUCGUCUUCUUCUAUUUCUUCUUCUUCUUCUUUUCUUUUCUUUGCAUUUUUCCACAGUUAUGACAUCAAGACAAAGCAGUGAGUUUUGCAUGUAACCUUAGUUAUAAAGCACCUAGUAGGCACAUAGUGGACAUUGUCGUGCUAGCUCAGGGAAAAUACCAUUUAUUGUCUCUGAUAGAUGCUGUGGAUUAACAUGUGCGACCGUCUCAUUGCAGCCAGUGAACACACCAGAUUAUCUCACUGUAGCGUUUUAAGGAUAUUUACCUGUCUUCUUGUCUGUUUUUGUCUGUACAGUUAAGCUGUAAGAUAUCACACUGCGGUUGCUCAGUUUCUCUCUCUCUCUCUCUCUCUAUUAUGUAUGCUGUGUCCUUUAUAGUAAUGUUUUUGGUGUCAUGAAUGCAUCCUCACAUAUUUGACAGUCUUUUAGCUGCUUGGCGACGUCCCCCUCCCCCUCACACCUUUCAUAUGUAGAUAUUUGCCAAAAUGCAUAUUGCCAAACACUGCUCUGAUCACACAAUCACAUAUACAGAAAAAUGAAUGCAACUGAAACUACAUAUCAGACUUGUCAUGCUGACUAUAGCCAUAUUCUUUUGAAACACUAGAGACAUGUGAUGUAGAACUAUAAAGAACUGUAACCUUGCACAAUACCAUUAGUCAUGUCAUCUUGCUGUAUUUACUCUUCUUUAAAUCUUUGCUCACUUGCUACAUGUAUAUGUGAGGUAAUAUUUGUAAAAUUGCAGCAGUGUUUAUGCCAAUAGCAACACGCAGGUAUAAAAUAUGUAGCUAGCUUACGCGGGUGAAACGAGGUGUUAACGGAUCAGGGAACAGAUUGGCUGUAUUGAUACGGGUAGGUGGAGCAUGGUGUCUGUGUUUUUAAAAAUGGCUCGCAUAACGAAGAGCGUCACUCUCACAAGAGUAUUGUAUUUUUCUAACAUUUACUCUAAUGCCCUGUAUUUGUACUCAGCACUGAAAAGUGUAAUUUACCAUUUAUUGCACAUAUUGUUACUCACUAUUACAGUAAUUCUCCCUCUAAAUGUUUUUUUUUUUCAGAACCCAAUAAUAACAGUGAUGUUCUCGUGUGACAGUCACCUUAGCAGUACGAAUUGAGAAUUGUAUAUUACUGAUAUUCUUUCAUUUAUGUCAAAGAAGAAAGAAAAAAUAAACUAUUUCAAUACUUACAGUA